AUGUACAGCACAACCUCGGUAUCUCAGGAGGUAGACAGUGCAGCUGUCCCCGAUGAUAAGGGCACUACCAAGGCAACCGACCCGAGAGGUCCACUGAGGGAGAUCUUCAUGCCCGAGGCCGAUGCAGCAAACUUCUUCAGACGCCGCAGCAGGAGAGCUGCCAAGUCUCAGGACGAAAUUGACGCUGAACAGAGACAGGUGCUGGCUGCAGAUAAGCGGAAGAGAGAGAACCAUGAGGAACAGAUGAAUGAGUUUGAGAACUACGCUGAGGAGGAGCAUGACGAGCAAGACGAGAGAACCCGGGAGAGCACCGAGCAGUGGCGAGAGUUCCACUAUGACGGCCUGCAUCCCCCCCAGGAGUACAACCGCCAGUCUACCUGAGACAUCACCGCCCUACUGGAGAACAGUGGUAUUACAGCAGGCAGGACAC